AUGAGACUGAGCCGCGAGGCUGGCGCAUACAAGGAAUUGCACGACAAUAGCCUGACUGACUAUCCCCAUCUCGCCCCUCAGUACUACGGCUGUUGGACGACCCGUCUUAUGAGCUACUCUCCAGAAUUCGAGGGAAGGACGCGACAUGUUGGCCUUGUACUCUUGGAGCUUACUCAGGAAACAAGCAUCCAAGAUCUAUGCCACUACGAUGACGAUGAGGUCCUGAUCCCUCCCGAAGGACGAAUCUGCUGGGACAGUGACGGCCCCGACCUCAUCAACUUCGACGAAGAGAAGCGCAAGGAAUUCCUAGCUCUAUUACUUGCUGGGGCUGUUGAACAGUGGCUGUUGCGCGAGGAGCAAAUCAAGCAAGAGCUGGAAAGGCGAGCGAAUCUUGUACCAGACGGCGCUAGUAAUGUGUUGGAUCACAGCAGAGUUUAG